UGUAAAACCAGUGGAUGUGUGUUGUGUGGAGUGAACGGCACUAUUGAAUAGACAGUCAAUUGAAUUGAUUUGUGAAUAUUAAUGGACUAUUAAUUUGUGUGUAAUUAUAGCGAGUAUUGCAUUGUAUUGACAAACAGUGACACAAUCGACGCAAACAAACAUCACUUCAUAUGAAUUGACAUCACUUUCAAUGCAUUAGUCGUACAGUGAAUGCAGUGUUUCAUGAACUGUAUAUUCAUUAUCACUUGAAUUGAUGUGAAAUUGCGAUUACAUUGGAUUCAUAGCACAGACAACAGACACCGCUUUCGUAACACAUAUCUCACCCAAUCGUCCCAAUCGUAACCCAAUUGACCACAAAAUGGAUCUGAAAUGGGAGUUGAAAGAGAUGUUUGACUCGUUGGUGUCGGCGCCCAAAUACCACUUGGCUCUCGAGGGGUGUCUUGUAAUGUGUGUCCUGUGGUUGAUAUUUCACAAGAGCUAUAGACCCGAGGCAUCCAAACUCACCGAAAAGGAGAAGGAAGAGCUGAUCAACGAGUGGACACCCGAGCCAUUAGUGCCGGACACGCCUGCAGACCAUUACGCACUCAAUCCCAGAAUAGUGACCUCAAAGUUAGGCAAACGUAUUGUCAUCGAUGGUACCGAUUGUCUCAAUCUAUCGACUCAUAACUACUUGGGAUUUGUUGAGAACGACAAGUGCAUUGAGUCGGCCAUCAAAGGUCUUCGCAAAUACGGUGUCGGCUCCUGUGGUCCGCGAGGCUUCUACGGCACAGUCGACAUUCAUCUGGAGUUGGAGUCGAGAUUAGCGCAGUUUAUGGGUGUGGAGGAAGCCGUGCUCUACUCAUACGGAUUCUCUGCCAUUUCCAGUGCUAUUCCCGCCUAUUCUAAAGUGGGAGACGUUAUCUUCGUUGACGAGGGCGUCAACUUUGCGAUCCAACAGGGAUUAAUUGCCUCCAGAAGUAAAAUAAAGUUUUUUAAGCACAACGACGUCGAGGACCUGCACCGUCUCCUCUUAGAACAGGCAGAUCUCGACCGCAAAAAUCCGAAGAAAGCCAAAGUGACCCGACGUUUCCUUGUAGUCGAAGGCCUUUAUAUCAAUUAUGGAGAUAUCUGUCCACUGCCUCAACUCUUGGAACUGAAAAAGAAAUAUAAGGUCCGAAUGUUUAUCGACGACACCUGUGCUCUGGGAGUAUUGGGCGCUAAUGGACGCGGAGUUGUCGAGCAUUUCGGCGUUUCAGUCAAUGACAUCGAUAUGAUUUGUGCCACUUUGGAGAACGCAAUGGCAGCCUAUGGAGGCUUUUGCUGCGGAACCAGUUUUAUUGUAGACCAUCAACGCCUCUCAGGACUCGGCUAUUGUUUCUCCGCAUCAUUGCCUCCAUUACAGGCGGCCGUCGCUCUCACUUCACUCGAAACCAUCGAAAAGGAUAACUCGGUUAUUGAAACAUUGCGCCAAAAUUGUCAAACUAUGCACUCAUUCCUCGAAAACAUUCCGUCUGUGAAAGUGUUUGGCGAACCCAUAUCACCCGUAAAGCACUUGAGAUUCUCUAAUAGUACUAAUGAUUACAAACACGAGACCAAGAAAUUAGAGGCAGUUGUCGAUUACGCUCAAGAGAGAGGAUACGCGCUGACAGUCGCCCGCUAUCUGGAAGAGAGCGAACACUUACUUCCGGAGCCGAGUAUUCGGCUCAUUGUGAACGCCCUCCUCAGCGAUGAAGAGAUGAGACAAUCCGCUCAACUCAUCACUCAAUCAUUUGAAUCUGUUUUAAGUUUAUAUUAAUUUUUUUAUUCAUUUUUCGAUGCAAUCAAUUCAUAGAAUCGGUGUUUGAAUAACUUUACAAAAAUAAGUCAUAUUUAUUGUACCAAUAAAAAUAAUUUAAAAUAAUUAAACCACACAAAAAAGUUUGGAUUACAAAAUUCUAAUGAAUAAACAAGUUUUUAAAAAUUAAUAUGAAAUA